CUGCAGGAACUAAUGCUGUCAGAAUCUGGGGCCAAUGGAACAGCUGUUACCGAGUUCAUCCUGCUGGGCCUGGUGGAGACACCGGAGCUGUGGCCACUUGUCUUUGUGCUUUUCCUCUUUGCCUACCUGGUCACAGUCGGGGGCAACCUCAGCAUCCUGGCUGCCAUCUUGGUGGAGCCCAAACUCCACACCCCCAUGUACUUCUUCCUGGGGAACCUCUCAGUGCUGGACGUUGGAUGUGUCACUGUCACUGUUCCCUCAAUGUUGGGCCGACUCCUGUCCCACGGGCAUGCCGUUCCCUAUGGGGCCUGCCUCACACAGCUUUUCUUCUUCCAUCUCCUGUUGGCUGGGACAGACUGCUUCCUGUUGACCGCCAUGGCCUAUGACCGCUACCUGGCCAUCUGCCGGCCCCUCACCUACAGCACCCGCAUGAGCCAGAUGGUCCAGAGGAUAUUGGUGGCUGCGUCCUGGGCCUGUGCCUUCACCAACGCACUGACCCACACUGUGGCCAUAUCCACGCUCAACUUCUGUGGUCCCAAUGUGAUCAAUCACUUCUACUGUGACCUCCCACAGCUCUUCCAGCUCUCUUGCUCCAGCACCCAACUCAAUGAGCUGCUGCUCUUCGCUGUGGGUUUCAUAAUGGCAGGGGCACCCAUGGCUCUUAUUGUCACCUCCUAUGCCCAUGUGGCAGCUGCAGUUCUACGAAUCCGCUCUGCUGAGGGCAGGAAGAAGGCCUUCUCCACGUGUGGCUCCCACCUCACUGUGGUUGGCAUCUUCUAUGGUUCAGGUAUCUUCAACUACAUGAGACUAGGCUCAGCCAAGCUUUCAGGUAAGGAUAAAGCUGUUGGAAUUUUUAACACUGUCAUCAACCCCUUGCUGAAUCCAAUCAUCUACAGCCUCAGGAACCCUGAUGUGCAGGGUGCCCUCUGGAGGGUGAUCACGGGGAAGCGGACACCGGCUUGA